AUGGAGCACCCGAAACGGCAAAUAUCCCACGUCAUUCAUCUCCUGACCGAAGGCUCGCCGGCGGACCAGAAAAAGGCCCUCCACGCCUAUUUCCUCCCGGACGCAUCCUUCACCCACCCCCUCUGCCGGGUCCCCAGCUUCUCGCAUCUCAACGUGCCUCUCCUCGGCGAGGUCAACUCCCGAUGGGUCAUCUGGAUGAUCUACCGCUGGUACAAGAUCCUCUCCCCGCGCAUCGUCGCCCACGUCGAAUGCGAUGAGUUCAACCAGGAAUCAUCGACCCUCUUCGUCGACAUCCACCAGAUCUUCUCCCUCUUCUUCGUCCCCUUCUACAAAGCCGACGUGCGCCUCACCUCCAAGCUGAAGCUGUUCCACUCCGAGGACGACGGCAGAUACUACAUCGCGUCGCAGGAGGACCUGUACCAGACGAACGAGUGGGUCAAGUUCGUCUGGCCCGGCGGCGCCACGCUCAUCGGGCUGGGGCAGCUGUUUGCGGCGUUCCUGUGUAUUAUCGGAGCGUUCUUGUUGGCGCCUGUGACUUGGAUCGAGCAGAGACGCGCCAUGACGACGCAAGUGAACGGUGCGAAGAAGGGUAUCUGA